GUGUUUAGCUGAGAGUGCUGUGAGCAUGUUAAAUAAACACUGUUCAUAUUAAGAGGUGAAACAAUGUGAGAGAACUGUGUGAGACCAGAACACUUUCUGAGAGGAUUUUAUGGGAGUCCAUGAAGAGUGGAAUUAAGUUGGAGUACUCUAAAACACUUUUCUGAUUUUAGACAAAGUUCAUGGAGGGAAAGCAUACACUGAGCAUGGAGAACACCUCCCUGCACUUGAACAUUUCAGCAAGGCUAAACAAUUCCUAUCCAGUGUCCUUGCCUGGCUUGCAGUACAGCGAAGGAGAGGUGGUCUUAAUUAGCAUCUUAAUGGUGAUCCUGAUUGUAGGCAUUGUCUUUGGCAAUGUGCUGGUCAUCAGUGCUAUUGUAAAAUUCCAGCGUUUGCAGACGGUCACCAACUACUUCAUCAGCUCCUUAGCCUGCGCAGAUCUGGUCAUGGGACUCAUGGUAGUGCCAUUUGGUGCAUGCUACAUUCUCCUCAACAAGUGGCACUUCGGAAAAUUCUUCUGUGAGUUUUGGACGGCUACAGAUGUAUUGUGUGUGACCGCUAGCAUCGAGACGUUGUGCGUGAUUGCCCUGGAACGGUACAUGGCAAUUAUGUGGCCUUUGCGCUAUCAGUCAAUGCUUACGAAGCGGAAGGCCUGUGGGGUGCUUCUAGGGGUGUGGGCAGUGGCCGCCCUCAUCUCUUUCCUGCCCAUCCACAUGGAGUGGUGGGUGUCAGAUGAACCUGAGGCACUGAGCUGCUCGGAGAACCCGACCUGCUGUGACUUCACCACUAACACCGCCUAUGCCGUGACCUCCUCCAUUAUCUCCUUCUACAUCCCGCUGGUCAUUAUGGCGUUUGUGUACAGCCGGGUCUUCCAGGAGGCCCGUAGACAGCUUCAGAAAAUCGACCGCAUAGAAGGGCACAUACGCACACAGAGCUUCAGCACCCAGGUGGGAAACGAGGUAAAGAACCGGAAGACCAAGUUCUGCAUGAAGGACCACAAAGCUCUGAAGACUUUAGGAAUCAUCAUGGGAACUUUCACCCUCUGCUGGCUCCCAUUUUUUGUACUUAAUGUGGUGGCAGCCAUCUGGAAAAUGCACAACAUCAUGUUGCCAUUCAGGAUCUUGAACUGGAUCGGCUACGCCAACUCCGCCUUCAACCCCUUGAUCUACUGCAGGAGUCCUGAGUUUAGAUGCGCAUUUCAGGAGAUCCUGUGCUGGAGAACUUCUCAACUACCUUCCACAAAGAAAAACAAGGGAUAUAACUACAGCAGCCACAUAUGGCCACGAGUUGACAUGAAGAUCACAAUACAACGAGAGUCCUCACCAGCUUGCGAAACAGAAAUGGGUGCUGACUGUUUAACUGCAGGUACCACAAACAUUGUAAUAAAACUGUGACAUCCAACUUUUGAA